CACUCAUAGUCUGUGCAGACACACACAGUUACACAACAGAGGAACAGCAGUGUGUGUAGCUUGUGGAGUGCGUGCGUGUGUGUGUUCUGUGUCGCCAACUCUACUGAGCACAGGUCUGUCAACAUGUGGAUCGAACGUCCACAGAACCGGCAGGUUCCCCCUGCUUCAGGAGCUAAGUGCUAGGCAUGGCAGGAAAAGCCACAUCCCACACAAGCAGGCUGGUGACCUUUGAACCCUCUGACAUCACAGCUGACGAGCCAGACACACGAGCCAGAAGCAAGAUGGCCGACGUGGUUGAGAGCCUGGACACCCGAGAACUGGACCUGGAAGAGGGGGAGGAGACUGACUUUGAUGCUGCACACCAUAUAGGGGACUCUCGUAUCCCCUUCUCUGCUGUGUAUGAGACGGUGGGCUUUAAGGAGGCCAGUGCCCGGAUCUACUUGCCCACCCUGCCCAUCACAGCCAGGAUCCUGGAGGUGGAGAGGUUCACCGCUAACCAGGACCGCUUUAACAUCUCCCAAAACAGGAGCGUCAACAAGUCUCUCCCUGCAGUGUUCCGGAUAGAGCUCCGACAUGGAGAGUUCUCCUGGGUUGUGAAGAGGAAGGAGAAGCACUUCCUAGAGCUGCACAGAGAGCUUCUCCGCUACAAGACAUUGAUGAGGAUCCCUCUGCCCUCCCGCAGUCACACAGUGAGGAGGAAGAGUGUGAGGAAGAGCGAGGUGAGGGAGAUGCCUUCUCUGCCCCGGGGGAACGGAGACGAGCUGGCACGGGAUGAACAGGUCUCCAGCAGGAGGAGACAAUUGGAGGACUACCUAAACAAGUUGCUGAGAAUGGCCAUGUACAGGAAAUACCAUCACACUAUGGAGUUCAUAGACAUCAGCCAAAUGUCCUUCAUCCACGACCUUGGUCCUAAAGGCCUGGAGGGGAUGAUUUACAAACGGUCUGGAGGACACCGCAUCCCAGGCUUGAACUGCUGCGGUCACAAUGAAGUCUGCUACCGCUGGUCCAAACGCUGGCUGGUGGUGAAGGAUUCCUUCCUGCUGUACAUGAAGCCAGACACCGGGGCCAUCUCCUUCGUCCUGCUGGUGGACAAGGAGUUCCGAAUCAAGAUGGACUCCAAAGACACCGAGACCAAACAUGGCGUGCGCAUAGACUGUCUCUCUAGGACUCUGGUGCUGAAGUGCAGCAGCUACAGACAUGCGCGCUGGUGGGGCCAGGCCAUAGAGGACUUUGUGCGGAGCCAUGGGAAGGCCUUCCUCACCGAUCAUCGCUUUGGCUCUUUCGCCCAGCAAGAGGAGAACAUCCCAGCCAAGUGGUACGUGAAUGGGAAGACUUAUAUGGAGGACGUGGCAGAUGCUCUCGAGGAGGCUAAAGAAGAAAUUUUCAUCACAGACUGGUGGCUGAGUCCUGAGAUUUUUCUGAAGAGGCCUGUCGUCGAGGGCAACCGCUGGAGGUUGGACUGCACCCUGAAACGUAAAGCACAACAAGGCGUGCGUGUGUUUGUGAUGCUGUACAAGGAGGUGGAGCUAGCACUGGGCAUUAACAGUGAAUACAGCAAGAGGACUCUGAUGCACCUGCACCCCAACAUCAAGGUGAUGCGCCACCCAGACCACGUCUCGUCCUCUGUCUACCUUUGGGCGCAUCACGAGAAGAUCAUUGUCAUCGACCAAUCAGUGGCCUUCGUGGGCGGGAUUGACCUGGCGUAUGGUCGCUGGGAUGACAGAGAACACCGCCUGACAGACGUGGGGAGCGUGACACGCUCCGUCGCUAUGGAGCAGGCUGCCAACGCAAACACUCCAGCCAGUAGGGGGGUGUCCUCGAAUGACUGUGUUACCCAUAGCAACGGGAGAGGUGGGGAGCCAUCAAUGGAGAAAGUGGAGCUGCCAAAGCUGAAGGGGAUUGGUCGAACCAGGAAGUCUCGUUUCAGCCUGUACAGGCACCUGCACAAACGCACCUUCCAUCACUCUGAUAGUAUCAGCAGCAUCGACAGUACAGGUAGUGGUUCUGUGAAGAGCAUCAGCUUGCAGACUGGGGUGGGAGAACUCCUGGGCAACACUCGUUUCUGGCACGGCAAAGACUACUCCAACCUUAUCUACAAGGACUGGAUUCAGCUGGAAAAACCCUUUGAUGACUUCAUAGAUAGGUACACAACUCCCAGAAUGCCCUGGCAUGAUAUUGCCUCAGUGGUUCAUGGGAAAGCAGCCAGAGACGUGGCCCGACACUUCAUCCAGCGCUGGAACUUUACCAAAAUAAUGAAGCCCAAGUACCGGUCUCUUUACUAUCCCUUCCUGCUCCCCAAGUCUCACUCCAGUGCAAACCAGCUACACUACCAGGUCCCUGACUGUGUCAAUACCAAAGUGCAGGUCCUGAGGUCGGCAGCAGACUGGUCAGCAGGUAUAAAGCACCAUGAAGACUCCAUCCACAACUCCUACAUCCAGACCAUCGCCAGGAGCAAGCACUACAUCUACAUAGAGAACCAGUUCUUCAUUAGCUGUGCAGACAACAAGAUGGUGUACAACCGAAUCGGAGACGCCAUCAUCGAGAGGAUCAUCCGAGCACACAAGGAGGGGAAAAAGUUCCGUGUGUACGUGGUGACCCCCCUGCUGCCUGGCUUCGAGGGUGACAUCACUACCGGAGGGGGGAAUGCCAUUCAGGCCGUCAUGCAUUUCAACUACAGAACCAUGAUCAGAGGGGAAUUCUCCAUCAUCUCCCAGCUGAAGAAGGAGAUGGACGACCAGUGGAUGAACUACAUCUCCUUUGCCGGUAUGAGGACCCAUGCAGAGCUGGAGGGAAGCCUCAUCACUGAGCUCAUCUACAUCCACAGCAAGUUGCUCAUCGCCGACGACAACACCGUCAUCAUCGGUUCAGCCAACAUCAAUGACCGGAGCAUGCUGGGGAAGCGUGACAGUGAGGUGGCAGUGAUUGUGGAGGACUCUGAAACGGUUCCCUCCAUUAUGGAUGCUGAGGUGUACCAGGCCGGACGAUAUGCACUGCAGCUGCGCCUUGAGUGCUUCAGGAAUAUCCUGGGUGGACACACUGACUCCAGUAUAGACGUGUCAGACCCCAUUAGUGAACGUUUCUACAAGGAUGUGUGGAUGACCACCGCCGCACGCAACGCCACAAUCUAUGAGAAGGUGUUCCGCUGUCUUCCCACCUCCCUGGUGCGUAACAUGGCGGAGCUAGAGCAGUACCAGUCCAAGCCCGGUCUGGCCCAGUCCGAUCCGGCCAGGGCCCAGGAGGAGCUGCGCAGGAUUCGGGGCUUCCUGGUCCAGUUCCCUCUGGAUUUCCUGUCCGAGGAGAACCUCAUGCCCUCGGUUGGAACCAAGGAGGCCAUGGUCCCCACGGAGCUCUGGACUUAAGAGCUAUAGAACCAGGGACAGGGCCACAACCAGUACUAGCAACACGUUAGUACCAGUUCCUGGUUCAAGAACCAGCACUAGGACUGAAACUACAUCCAGGAUCAUGACCAGUACAGUAACCAUAACCUUUGUACUCUAGGACUAGACAUGGUUUAAAUGUUUCUGGCAUUAGGAGGACUUGAACUUGACUUGAUCUCUGGACCUAUAAACUGGAGCUGGAGAGAAGGGACUGAGAGCCAUUCUUGGGUUAUCUCCGGAGCUGGACCUGUCAGUGUGUGUACUGUGAUCACGUCUGUCACUUCUGUUCUGGUCACUAGGCCUGUUAUGUAUGCUUUCUGUUGUAGAGUCUGUUGCCUCUCGCACUACAUGCACAGCACUUAACGACACACACAAUCGCCUACAUACUUCCUGUAGAGGCUGUAUUUGCUGUUAAGAUCUUCUGAAAUUACAUUCAUUUUUUAAACAAGAA